AUGCUGCCGGCGAGCCUGGCGCCGGCGAAGAAGACCUACCUCGUCACGGGCUGCUCUGCCGGCCUCGGUCUCGAGCUUGUGAGGCAGCUCGCCGCACGAGGCGACCGCGUGUACGCCACGUGCCGCACGCCCGCCGCCUCAGCCAGCGGCGUCGAUGAGCUCAGCCAGGUGGCAGGAGAUGUCGUCCUCGUGCAGGGCGUCGAUGUCACCAGCGACUCGGUCGGCGAGACGCUGAAGGCGGCGCUCGCAGGCGUCAAGCUGGACUGCAUCGUGCACAACGCGGGCGGCUUCGCUGCGUCUCGUGCCGAGCAGAAGCUCGACACCAUCUGCAUGGACGCGAUGCGCCGCGGCUUCGAGCUCAACACGCUGAGCGUGCUGCGCGUCACGCAAGCGCUGCUGCCGCAGCUGUCGGCGCCGGGAGGCAAGCUCGUCGUAAUCUCGUCGAUGAUAGGCUCGAUCGCAGACAACAGCAGCGGCGGCAUGUACGCGUACCGCACAUCCAAGGCCGCGGUCAACAUGGUGUCCAAGUCGUUGGCCAACGACCUCAAACCGCAAGGCAUCGCCGUGGUCGCAAUCUCGCCCGGCUUCGUGGCGACCCAUUUCGGCGGCAUGUCGCCGGAGCACAAGAUGAAGGUCGGCGCCAAGCCAGUCACGCCGUCGGUGCGAGGCAUCGUCGAGGCGAUCGAUGCUCUCGAGCUCAGCAACACGGGCAGCUUUGUGCACACCAACUACGGCGACGGAUUGCAGCCCGCGCCUUGGUGA